GUAAUCGUCGUGUACAACUGGUGUUUUUGAAGUUUGACUGUACUACCGAGACUGAGGUUACGAAGAAGCGAAGCCCGUCAGUUACGAGUUGAGUAACUAUGUCGAAUGAUCAGCGAGAGAGCGGACGUGGCCAUGGAGGCAACCAGGAGAGAGGACCGCGGAGGCCUCCACUCAUCUGUUUCGCGUGCGGUGAAGAGGGACACUAUGCGACGCAAUGCAGAAACCCAAGACCGGGUUGGCGAGGGGCCCAACAAGCAAGACCGUCCAGCUCUACGGACUCCAGGCGAGGGAGAUCUUAUUCGCCACAUAAGCAUUACCGAGGUUCUACUUCGGAAGAUCGUGAGGCGCAAUCUCAGGUGAAGGAGAUCGGAGAUAGCGUGGCGACAUUGCGCGAAUACAUUGAAGUAGAAUGCGCAAAGAAAGAGGCAAAGGCACGUCAAAAAGCCGAAAGGAAGGAAGCGGAGUGUUGUGCUAUGGAGGAAAAGGAAGCGAGGGAGGGGAAAGCGAAGAAGAAGGCUGAGAAAGCACGGGAGGAGGACGAGAGAGUCGCGGCUAUCCGUAAGGAUAUGGAUUUACAUGUCAAGCUUAAUGUGAAGGAAGCACUCAGCAGAGCCUGCGCUGAGUUCCGGGAGGCGAUCGUCGCCGCGAAGCUUCAUGAGAAGAUGAAGGGGAAGAAAAAACUGAACUACGUACCUGAGGAGGAGUUCUCCGAGUACGAAUUUGUAGGUAGUGAUAUGGAGGAGAUUUGUGAACGGGCGCAGGGUCUAAGUAUUAAUGAAAAGUGGAAGGGAGGGUCAGAACCUGUUUUCGAGGAUAGCCCGCCCAUGGAGUUGCCGGCGAAAAGGACACCGAAGCGUACACCGAAGAGGGGGAUCCUUAAACCGGCGAAGCUUACACCAAGGUUGACCCGCUCGAAGACCAAGGCAAAAGUUAGACUCUCCCCAGCAACGAAGGACAGAAUCACGUCAGCAGUGAAGCGGAAGAUCCCUGCCACCACGGGCAAGAUUGGCCGGUACAAGCUAAGGGAUGAGGUGAUGUGACUACUCAAGGAUCAUGACGCGAUCACUCUGCAGAACCUUUGCUUCGAGGAAGGGAUUCAGUAUAGAGGUAAGAUCGAUGCGAUCUUUGACUUGGCGGAGCACAGGGCUU